AUGUGUGCUUGGAUCCCAACAACCGAUAUGCCAAGCCUCCGGGGCAAGGUCGCUGUUGUAACAGGCGCAAGCUGUAGUGUCGGCAUUGGGCUCCAGAUUGUUCGCCAGCUCGCGCAGCAUGGAGCUAAAGUUUACGCCACGACAAGAUCCGCAAAGAGCGCAAUGAAGGCGCGAAAUUCCUUCCUCCAGUACCCAGAAAUCGCUCCUGAAGCGGUGGAAUGGCUACAAUUAGACCUGACGGAUCUGAGGAGCAUUACCGAGUUGGCGGAAGAUGUGAAGAAAAGGGUUAGCAGCCUCGACAUUCUGGUCAGCAAUGCUACAGCUAUCACCACCUCGAAGAAGAUCGUAGCCGAUAGAUGGGAGAAGAACAUGGCAGUCAA